UGUUUGAAGGGUCCUACUACACCUUGAUGACAAGCACGUUCAUGUGGAGCAAUUCAAGGCCCCUCCACAAAGGGGAAAAGAGAAACAAAAGAAAUUCCAAGAACUAAGAAAAUGAUCAUUUGGAAAAGUAAAAGAGAAAGCAAAGCAGAAAAAUGAGCUAUGUCCCAGUCCAACAUUUUGCUAAAAAUUUGCUCAGCCCCAGCAGACAACAUGGGAAAGAGAGGAACAAGGUUACCAGGCUUCUGCCUCAACAGAAUUAGGCCUCAUGCUAGGGUGCGUUCGCCACCAGCACAAGCCAACAACAAGCAUGACACCACCACCACAAGUGCUACCAAAAUUGAUCAGAAAACUGAAAAUUCUUGCAAUGCAUGUGAGGAGAAGUUCGAUGACGGGGCAAAACCCGGGUCUGUGAUUGCUAGGAAGAUCAUGAUUGUGGUUGAUUCUAGCCUUGAGGCCAAGAGUGCUGUGCAAUGGGCACUCACUCACACAGUUCAGGACCAUGACACUAUAGUUCUUCUUCAUGUCAUGAAGCCUUCUAAUAAACAAGCCACUGAUGAACAAUCCAGCAAGGAAAUAGCUCCAAGGGCUUAUGAACUUGCUUCCUCCUUCAAGAACAUGUGUCAUGGGAAAAGGCCUGAGGUACAAAUUGAGAUUGCAGUAAUAGAGGGAAAGGAAAAGGGUCCAAAAAUAGUGGAGGAGGCAAAAAAACAAGGUGUGGCACUUCUAGUUUUGGGGCAGAAGAAGAGGUCCACAACAUGGCGUCUUCUGAUGAUGUGGGCAGGGCAUAGAGUCACAGGUGGGGUGGUAGAGUACUGCAUUCAGAAUGCACAUUGCAUGGCAAUUGCUGUGAGAAGAAAAAGCAAGAAGAGUGGAGGGUACAUGAUUACCACUAAGCGUCACAAAGAUUUCUGGCUCUUGGCUUAAUUAAUCUGAAGUCAAUACUAUGAAUGUUGUCAGCUUCAAGAUUACACAAAGUAUAAAUGAUUGAUCAUGUUUAUUGUGUCUGUAAUCCACAAUGUUUGUACAUAAUAAAGUGUGCAGAGAAUGAAAAAAAGAAAAAAGGAUUGGAAUUAUUAA